GCUGAAGUACUGAACUGCCCCUCUGCGGAAACCCCGCAGCAGCCAACAGCCUGAGACAAGAUGGCGGGAGCCGACGGUGAUGAUUCUCUCUACCCUAUUGCGGUGCUUAUCGACGAAUUGAGGAAUGAAGACGUUCAGUUGCGACUGAACAGCAUCAAGAAACUUUCCACUAUUGCCCUGGCAUUGGGAGUGGAGAGGACACGCACCGAGCUUCUCCCUUUCCUAACAGAUACCAUCUAUGAUGAAGAUGAAGUGCUUCUCGCCCUUGCUGAACAGCUGGGUAACUUCACCAUGCUGGUUGGAGGACCAGAAUAUGUGCACUGUCUCCUUCCUCCCUUGGAGAGCUUGGCCACAGUGGAGGAGACAGUGGUGCGGGACAAGGCAGUGGAGUCCUUGCGCAAGAUCUCCCACGAGCACUCACCCGUGGACCUAGAGGUGCACUUUGAGCCGCUGGUGAAGCGUCUGGCCAGCGGCGACUGGUUCACCUCCCGUACCUCAGCUUGUGGUCUCUUCAGUGUCUGCUAUCCACGUGUCUCCAGCACUGUCAAAGCUGAGAUUCGCCAGCAUUUCCGUAACCUGUGCUCUGAUGACACGCCUAUGGUGCGCCGUGCUGCUGCUUCCAAGCUGGGCGAGUUUGCCAAAGUCUUGGAGUUGGAAUACGUCAAAAGUGACAUUAUCUCUCUAUUUACUGCACUGGCCUCUGACGAACAGGACUCUGUGCGUCUCUUGGCUGUGGAGGCGUGUGUGAGCAUUGCCACACUGCUGCCUCAGGAGGACCUGGAGACUCUGGUCAUGCCAACCCUGCGCCAGGCAGCUGAAGAUAAGUCCUGGAGGGUGCGGUACAUGGUGGCUGACAAGUUCUCUGAGUUACAAAAAGCAGUUGGCCCAGAAAUUACUAAGAAUGACCUCGUGCCAGCCUUCCAGAACCUGCUCAAAGACUGUGAGGCCGAGGUGCGGGCUGCAGCUGCUAAUAAAGUCAAAGAAUUCUGUGAGAAUUUACCGGAAGACAGCCGAGAGACAAUCAUCAUGACUCACAUUCUGCCCUGCGUCAAGGAACUGGUUUCAGACACAAAUCAGCAUGUCAAAUCGGCACUAGCCUCAGUGAUUAUGGGUUUGUCGACCAUCCUGGGCAAGGACAACACCAUCGAGCACUUGCUGCCUCUCUUCCUGGCCCAGCUCAAGGAUGAGUGUCCAGAGGUGCGUCUGAACAUAAUCUCUAAUCUAGACUGUGUGAACGAAGUAAUCGGGAUCCGGCAGCUCUCCCAGUCUCUUCUCCCUGCUAUCGUGGAGCUGGCAGAAGAUGCCAAGUGGAGGGUGCGGCUAGCCAUCAUAGAGUACAUGCCGCUUCUUGCUGGCCAACUGGGAGUGGAGUUCUUUGAUGAGAAACUGAAUUCCCUGUGCAUGGCAUGGCUCGUCGACCAUGUAUACGCCAUAAGAGAGGCGGCCACGUGUAACCUGACAAAGCUGGUGGAGAAGUUUGGAGCUGAAUGGGCUCAGAACACCAUCGUGCCCAAAGUGCUGGGCAUGGCCAACGACCCGAACUACCUGCACCGGAUGACCACUCUCUUCUGCAUCAAUGCCUUGUCAGAAGCGUGUGGCCAGGAGAUCACCACCAAACACAUGCUCCCCGUCGUCCUGAAGAUGUCCAAUGACCAGGUGGCCAACGUGCGCUUCAAUGUAGCCAAGUCUCUUCAGAAGAUCGGCCCUGUUCUGGACAGCAACUGUCUGCAGACUGAGGUGAAACCAGUACUGGAGAAGCUAGCUGCAGACCAAGACAUAGACGUCAAAUACUUUGCGCAGGAGGCCAUAAGUGUUCUUGCCCUGGCCUAAUAGAGCCACUGCUGAAUCCUUUCCCAUGUCAAGCUGACCUGCACCAUACUGAUUGUCCUCCAGGAUCAUUCAUUAGACUGUUAUUAGAGAGGAAAUUCCUUCAGUUUGUCUCUCUCGUAUAUACAAGCGUUGGAGAACAUCUCAGUUGUCCUCAGUAUUUGGUUCGAGAGUCUCUCUCUCUCUCUCUCUCUCUCUCUCUCUCUCUCUCUCUCUCUCUCUCUCUCACACUCUCUCUCUCUCUCUCUCUCUCUCUCUCUCUCUCUCUCUCUCUCUCUCUCUCUCUCUCUCUCUCUCUCAGCCUUGAAUGAUCCUGAACAUCUCACCCUUUAUUCUAAGAGUUUGGGGAGCUAACAUCAGCUUGUCCCACACAAACAGCUUCCCUCCCACCCUACACAAUAUCUUUACAUUGUAGUAUCUCACAUCUCUUCACUUGCUAAUCCCCCCUCAUGGGCAGCACUUUUAGAUGUAGACAUACUAUUUAAUAAACUGUUGUGAAGAUAAAUAAGUAAUUUUUCAAACUAUGAACGUUUUAGGGGGACGUGGUGAUGAUGAUGAUCUAGAGGCCCCAGAUAUAACUCUGUAUAUCUAGUUUCUGUGUGCUAUGAACAGAAGCUUAUGGGCUAUUGAUACUGAUUCAGAGCUUGCAUGGCUUGCUUUGAGUCUCGCCUCCCCACCAUGCAUGUGGAUGUCCAGACUGCAUAGAACUGCUGUUAGUUCAUAGCGUUUAGCCUGUGCAUUCCAUCUGUCUUAAAUGGCUGUGAAUACAUUCAAGCCCAGGUUCUUCAAAACAUUGGCUGCAGUAUUUCCACACCAUGCUGUUUUGCUGUCAUAGUCUAGCUCUCCAUUAGAACUCGAAAUCGAAUGGUUAUGUUCUAAAAGGGACCACCGCGAAUCAGAUCUGACUCUAGUAACAGUCAUAACCCAGAGGAAGCGUCUACAGCUCCUUUCUUUCUGGACGUUCUCCGCCAUCUGCCAUUAACCAACAUAGACCCCCCCCCCGCCUCUUUGUGUUUGUUUUUGUUUAUACUGAACAGAUCUGUGUAACGCUUUUGUCCUUUACUCUUAAGCUUCUGCAUGAACUCCACUGCUGUAGGUAGAGCCUGGGACAGUUAGGGAUCAGUGUGUCCACUCCCAGGCAACAUGUUUCCCUUAUUAACACAUUUGCUUUGCCAGUGAUGCCUACUUGUCCUCAGCUUCAGAAAGCAGAGCCACCACCCCCCCUUUUUGUUGUUGUGGUUGUUGUCGGAAUGUGCUUUCUUUGGUUUUAUAUGAACGUGAACCCACACUACCCUCAGAUGGAGGGGAGAAUCAAUAAAGAACCUGACAAACACUGUC